CAUCCGUCCGGCAGAUGGCGCUAAUGAGCGUCUCGUGCGCGAAACUCCCAAAUCAGAAGAAAGGGAUAAAGCAGCGAAGAGGAAGCAUGGAAACCUUGAUCACAUAACCAAAACAAGACUGGAAAUGCAAGCAUGAGUGAAAAUGUCCAUAAUAGCAAAGCAAUGUGGAGUGAAAUUUAUUCCACCUUCAAUCGUCCUCAUUUAUGAGAACAAGAACACCAGCAAGAUGCGAAAAAGAAUCAUACCUGUGAGGAACUUCUCUCAGUAUUCAGACUGCAGCCGAGCAGCAGAGAGGAUGAAGCAUCAUGUCCGUCACAGCGUCUAUCUGGAGUCUGUGUCUUUGGCUCAGCUGGAGAGACUUCAUCUCAUCCUCCGCGAUCAUCUGCGGGGCCUCAGCCUGGACCAGAGUCUCGCCGCCCAACGGGGGUCCGACCCCAACGACGAGGACCUGAAUAAACUGAGCGAUGAAGAGCUGAACCGCAGGAAGGCCCAGAUGGACGAGCUGUUCGAGCGCAACCGCAGACGCAAAGAGGAUCCAGACUUUGUGUACGAUCUGGAAGUGGAGUUUCCAGAGAACAGCGUGCGAGAGACGUGCAGCUGGGACGAAGAGCAGUCCGAUGAUGAGUUUUAGAAGAUUGCGGACACUGGGACGGAUUUAGAACUGGAAACACAUGGAGAACUGGUGCAUCAAGGGGGUUAAGUUGAAGUCUGAUGAUGAACAUGCUUUUUGGUCCGUUCAUUUCCAACGGUACAUAUUGUUUUAAGGCGACUGUAAUAGUUAUACCACUUUGGAUCUUUGACGUCACAAAAUUCUAAAUAUUUAAUUUAGUAAAUAUAAAAAAAUUGAGGACAUGGAAACCCUGAUGAUGAUAAACACAUUUUUUAUCAGCCUACAAAAACAGGGGUUUCCUCUACUGUUACAAUAUGAAUAAAUACUAAAAAGUAAUGAUACUAAAACAUCAUUGCUUUAUACUAACAAUAUCAUCACAAUACUUGACACAUUUCAAACGACAGAGGAGUUUUAAUGGUAAAUAUUUAUUUGUUUUUAUGAAAAGCUGUACGGAACGUCUAGUCCAUAUAUCCAGGGAUAGUUAAACAUGAAAAAAUAAAACGCUACUUGAUUGUCACACUUUCAACCCUGUGGAUUCUACCCACUACUGAUGACACGAUAUGAAGACGGACAGGUACUUGUGUUCAAUAAGGUAGUCUCACGUCAAUAUAAUAGAAGUAAUAUUUCAUGUUUUAUAUUUGGAUCACAUAUAGAAUCAUAAAAUAACACAAGAGCAGCGUUGACACUGCUUAAUCUCACUUUGGUAGAUCCUCUGACAUUUUGUUUGGGUUGCCGACCUUUACAGCAAUAAAAACGGCUUUGAAUCCGAAAGCGAGU